AGUAAUUUAAUUCCUGUAGAAUCUUCAUAGCCGCGCUCAAAUACAUCACAGUGAGGGAUGAUGGCUGUUCUCUCCAUCCUCCUUCUGCUGGCUCUAACAGAUGCAGCCACAGGUCUGUUCUUGAGAAAACACAUUUAUCAAACUACGCAAUUGUCCUGGACUGAUGCUCAGACAUACUGCAGAAAUAAUUUUGUAGAUCUGUCAAUUCUUGAGACACAAGGGGAAUUCGACAGUUUUGUAAAUCAAACAGUUGGUCAUGAAUCUGACAAAUGCUGGAUCGGCCUUAGUAAAAAAACAAGUGAGACAACAUUUACCCAGUGGUCUGAUGGAAGUGCACUGCAAUUCUCAAAGUGGAAAAGUGGGCAGCCUGACCAUACUGACACUGAAGACUGUGUGUUUACUAGCAAUAGUCAGUGGGAAAAUGAAGACUGUACAAAAACUAUGAGCUUUUCCUGCUACACUUGGACACCUCAGAUGAUUGUGGUGCAGGAGAUGAAGAACUGGGACGAGGCUCUGGUGCACUGCAGAAUGCACUACACUGACCUGGUAAGCUUCACCACAGAGACAGAUCACUUUCUGGUCAACAACAGGUGUAUGGAUAUUCUGAUGCCUACUUUCUGGACCGGUCUACGCUUCAUGGACGGCUUGUGGUUCUGGGUGAACCAGGAGUCCCUGGAGAACCUGACUUCAGUGCCUUCAUGCCCUGCCAAGCCUUUCCGGUGUGGAGCGCGAAACAUUAGAGAUGGCGUCUGGGAGAACAGAGACUGCGAGGAGAAAAUGAACUUCAUUUGCUACCAUAACAUUUGAACUCACUCCAUAAAAGAUGAAGAGACAGGCAGAAGACGAAGAAGAAAUGAAGAACAGAGACUCUCAGCAGAUUAAUAUCAAUGAAAUAGCGUAUAAUAUUGUAAACUGAAUUAUUAAAUUAGAAUUGUUACACCAGUACUCAUUACUUACUCCAAUACUAUCUUUAAGAGUUAAAUUAUGCUGUAGUAAAUAGUUUUUUAAGUAGAUGUUUGUUUAAUUCACCGUAAAGCAUACUGUAACCGUUGCCCAUAGGUAUAUGCCGUAUGAUAUAUGACGAUAUGUUAUAAGCUUUUUCCGAGUACAUGAAAGGAUAUUUGCAUUUUAUCCUC